AUGGAGCUUAAUGAUCUCAAGGCCAGACUUGCCUUUCUUGAAACAACAGUGAUGAAUUUCCAGCAUCAGAGCGACCAUCAAGUGAAAAAAGGGAAGAGGACAUCGAGCGCAGCAGUUACUAAACCCCAAGGCCAUCAGAAGGAACCCUCCUUUCUUGAUGAUGCUAAAAAGGGGGGAAAGAGAAAGGAAAAAAGGGAAGAGGACAAGAAAAAGGGAAAAGUAAAGGAAAAGGCAAUGGAAAGGGAAGAACAGAAGAAGCAAGAAGAGAAGAAGAAAAUGAAAUCAAAAGCAGCCGAGGAAUCAACAAAGAAAGACACUGGAGAAAGAUCUACCAAAAAACCUCGCACAGACAAAUAG